AUGAGUACUUCAAGCUGCAGAUUCUACGAAAACAAAUACCCUGAAAUUGACGAUGUUGUCAUGGUCAAUGUUCAACAAAUUGCUGAAAUGGGUGCUUAUGUUAAAUUAUUAGAAUAUGAUAAUAUUGAAGGUAUGGUUUUACUUAGUGAAUUGUCAAGAAGACGUAUUAGAUCUAUUCAAAAAUUAAUCCGUGUUGGUAAAAAUGAAGUUGUUGUUGUUUUACGUGUUGAUAAAGAAAAAGGUUAUAUUGAUUUAUCAAAACGUCGUGUUUCUGCUGAAGAUGUUAUAAAAUGUGAAGAAAGAUAUACUAAAUCAAAAGCUGCUCAUUCAAUUUUACGUCACUGUGCUGAAAAAUUCGGUAUCCCAUUAGAAUCUCUGUAUCAAACUAUUGGUUGGCCAUUAAGUCGAAAAUAUGGUCAUGCUUAUGAUGCUUUUAAAAUUUCAAUUACUGAUGAAACUGUUUUCGAUGAUGUUGAAAUUCCAAAUCCUGAUGUUUUACAAGAAUUAAGAUCUUAUAUUUCACGUCGUUUAACUCCACAAGCUAUUAAAAUCCGUUCUGAUAUUGAAGUUUCAUGUUUUAGUUACGAAGGUAUUGAUGCUAUUAAAAAUGCUUUAAGAGCUGCUGAAGAUUUAUCAACUGAACAUUUACAAGUUAAAGUUAAAUUAGUUGCUGCUCCUCUGUAUGUUGUUACAACUCAAGCUUUAGAAAAACAACAAGGUAUUGAUAUCUUAACUAAAGCCUUAGAAGUUAUUGAAGAAAAAAUUACAGCUUCUGGUGGUACUGCAACUGUUACAAUGGCUCCAAAAGCUGUUACUGCUACUGAAGAUGCUGAAUUACAAGCUUUAUUAGAACGUAAAGAAUUAGAAGCUCAAGAAUCUGAUGAAGAUUCUGAAGAAGAAGACGAAUAG